AUGUCAUAUGUUCACUAUAUAAUCUUAAUUCUUAUCUAUUCACCGCUCGCACUAAGAGCAAAUGUGUUUAAUUCUUCUGUCAGUCUCUUUUUUGAUAACGAAGUUGGACGAUGUAUCGCUACUUUUUCACCAUCCUGCUUCGAUGAGUACUGCUACGCUCAUGUUACAAAACACAAUGAGGGUAGAAUUUUUCGACUAGGAUGUUUAUCCUCACCUGAAAAUGAAAAACUGCAAGUUUGCAAGGACAUCUUAACACAUAAUCAUUAUAACAAUACUUGCAUUGAAACAGGUGAUCAUCAAAUGUGCUGCUGUUAUCAACGUAAUGGCAGCUUUUGUAACUCUAAAUGGAAGCCAAAUAUUGUCAUGCCCUCUAUGAGUAAGCACGAGGUACUCAUGCUAGGAACUGGAGUGAUAGUAAAAACAAUUAUCUUUUAUGGCUUGUAUCGCUCAUUGGAACGAACUUCAAGAUCUUUGGAAGAUAAUGUAGUCAAUCAAUAUUGCGACAAAGUUAUGCAGAUUGAAUUGAACUGCGGUUUUGGCAAAAUUAUACUUCUUUUUGCGUUGGUAAUUUGUCUUUGGUAUCCGGUAAUGCCACAGUGUGAAGUUGUUGCUGAAGGGGAACUUGAACAAAAGUACUAUUUCAUUUAUCAGAUGAGUAGCAGUGCUGCUAUUGGAUUGUUCUACUGCCUUUAUCCUUUGCUAAUGUGUGCACUUGAUUUGAACAGAAUACGAGCGAUGGCUAUGAAUACAACGAUUUCGCGAAUUCCUUAUAGCGUUGUUUCAUUGGGAGCCACAGCAUUUUCUCUUGUACCGUUUUCGAUGUUUGUUUAUCAAACCAUACCGGUCUACCAACGUGAAUUUAGUAAGAGCUACUGCAAACUUGGGAAACAAAUGACACAGCUCGCGUUUGUAAAUGUGUGUUACGUAGCACAUGCAACACUGACAAUCGUUCAAGAAGCAAUCACAUAUUUUCUGCAAUCAAAGCAUCAUUUCAAUAGGUUCUCACCAUAUAUGGGAAAGAAUAUUGCUUGCAAAAGCAGUAGCAGAGAGGAACAGGAGCAGCUUGGUACAGCCAAAUCAAAUACCACCACUAAAGAUGAAGAAAGUUUGCUGCUAAUUACUCCUCGUCCCUUCAUUCUUGACGAGGAAAGAGAAGGUAUUCUUUCUUUGAAGAAUGCACACGAUGACGAAUGGAUGACAGUAAGGGUACUUGUAUCAUCUCCAGACUCCUACAUUAUUCGUCCUCAUAAAGUUAUUAUUCCUCCACAGAAAACUUCUACGAUAUCCGUUCAACUAUGUUGUUGCGGGAAACACUGCCCACCGAAGGAAACAGGCCUCAUGCUGCAGUGGUUCUCCCUUAGCCGCAGUUAUUUGUGCUUCGACGCAACUCGCCUGUGGCAGCGGCCUUACUUGAUCCCUAAAAGUUGCUGGAAGUUUUAUGUGUUGCCAAUAUAUCACGAUUCAAAGAAUGUAGUAUGUGAAUCAUGAUAGUAACAAUCGAGC